AUGAACGGCAAUCACACGGACUCCGUGAUGCUAGAGGAUACCUCACCCUCGCAAGCGGUCCCUCCGCCGCCAGAUGGGGGCAUGCAAGCCUGGACGCAAGCCGUGAUGGGCCACCUGGUGGCGUUCAAUACCUGGGGCUAUAUCGCCAGCUUUGGCGUCUUCCAAGCUUACUACCAGUCCGAACUCGGAGUUUCACCAUCGGCCAUUUCAUGGGUGGGAUCUGUGCAGGUCUUUCUCAUUUUCUUCGUCGGGACCUUCUCGGGCAGGGCAUUGGACGCCGGAUUCUUUUACCACGUUUACUACGCCGGGGUUGUCUUACAGUUGCUUGGGGUGUUCAUGACUUCUCUCGCCGCCCAAUAUUGGCAGCUAUUCCUUGCUCAGGGGGUCUGCACUGGUCUUGGCAAUGGUCUGCAGUUCUGCCCCGUGAUGGGCCUGGUGGCCACCUACUUCUCCAGCCGCAGGGUAUUCGCCUUAGCAUUUGCUCUUGUCGGAAGCGGGACCGGUGGUAUGCUAUUUCCGGGUCUGGUGAAGGCCCUCAUGCCAAGCAUUGGAUUCGGGUGGACGGUCCGAGUGCUAGGUUUCGUGAUGGUGGCUACGAGCAUACCGACGACGCUGCUACUUCGGCCGCGACUGCCCCCGCGCAGGUCAGGCCCAUUAGUCGAUUGGGUCGCCUUCAAAGAGCCGACCUACGUGCUAUUCAUCCUCGGCAUGUUUCUCAAUUUUUGGGGACUCUAUUUCGCCUUUUACUAUGUCGGGGCUUUUGGCCGCACCGUUCUUGGCUUGACGUAUUCAGAUUCAACCACGUUGAUCAUCGUUACCAACGGCGCAGGAAUAUUCGGGCGGCUUAUCCCUGCCUACUUGGCGGACCGGCCCCUGAAUGCCAUCAUUCCAUUGAGUAUUGGGGCUAGUCUAAUGAUGUUCUGCUGGGCCGCGGUGGAUUCGACCGCGGGUCUCUACGUUUUCGCCGUCUUAUAUGGUAUUUUUUCCAACGGUGUACAAGGUCUCUGGCCUUCUACACUCUCCAGUCUGACACCGGAUCUGAGCAAGACUGGAAUCCGCAUCGGCAUGGGAUUCACCGUGGUCAGCUUUGCGUGCUUGACGGGUCCACCUCUUGGCGGGGCUCUCAUCGAGAAGGCUCAUGGUUACAUCGGGGCCCAGGUAUGGGGUGGAUUGUCUUUUCUUCUUGGUGCCGCGAUCCUUGUGAGCGCUCGAUUAUUGAAAACUGGAAACACCAUGAAGGCCAAGGUUUGA